AGAAAGUCCUGUCCUUGUUGUUGAGGGCAUGGGCCUGAGCCAGCUGCAGUUUCUGGCCUAGCUGCUACAGAUUGACAGUGUGAAAAGAGAUGCUGUCAUUGCUGUGUAUCACCUCGUAUUGCUGUGCUGCUUGGGGACUCCAUCCAAAUGGAAGCUGAACAGCUUUUCUGCUCUGAGAAAGCUUCUGAGAAAGUUGCUGUGGAUCCGUGUCACUCCUGUGGAGCCAAAGCCUGUUCUUAGAAUCUCCAUGCAGUGCAAGCUGUGUAGGGCUAUGUGCAGCUGAUGUUUGCUUGUGGGAAGUGAAAGAGUUUCACUGCAUCCAUGUGAAAUGUGAAAUUCUGAAUUGUGCCUGAACAGAGCAUUGAGAUCAGCCCCUGGAAGCAGUUGCCAGGGCAGCCAUGACGACAGAGACGGGCCCUGAUUCAGAAGUGAAGAACGUGCAGGAGGAGGCCCCGCAGCAGCAGCUGGAGGCAGCCACGCACGGCCCUGCUGCCACAGCUGCUGGCAUUGCCAGCCGGGAAGCUGAGGCCAGCGAGAAGCCUGGAGCGCAGCCUGACAGCCGGAACACAGAGCCGGGCACAGACAUGGAGGAGAAGGACUACAGCGAAACAGAUGGGCUAUCUGACAAAACAACGCCUAGCAAGACCCAGAAGUCACCCCAGAAAAUCAACAGGAAAGUUAAAAGUGCUCUCUGCAGAGUGACCCUGCUAGAUGCCUCUGAGUAUGAGUGUGAAGUAGAGAAGCAUGCCCGAGGCCAGGUUCUCUUUGACAUGGUAUGUGAGCACCUCAACCUCCUGGAGAAGGACUACUUUGGCCUCACAUUCUGCGACUCCGACAGCCAGAAGAACUGGCUGGACCCCUCCAAGGAGAUCAAGAAGCAGAUCCGCAGUGGGCCCUGGAACUUUGCCUUCACUGUGAAGUUUUACCCUCCUGACCCUGCUCAGCUCAUGGAGGACAUCACAAGAUACUACUUGUGCCUGCAGCUGCGUGCGGAUAUCAUCACUGGGCGACUGCCCUGCUCCUUUGUCACGCAUGCCCUGCUGGGCUCCUAUGCUGUGCAGGCUGAACUGGGUGACUAUGAUGCUGAGGAGCAUGUAGGCAACUAUGUCAGUGAGCUCCGCUUUGCUCCCAACCAGACACGGGAGCUGGAGGAGCGCAUCAUGGAGCUGCACAAGACCUACCGAGGCAUGACCCCUGGGGAAGCAGAGAUCCACUUCCUGGAGAACGCCAAGAAGCUCUCCAUGUAUGGGGUGGACCUGCACCAUGCCAAGGACUCAGAGGGUAUUGACAUCAUGCUAGGAGUCUGUGCCAAUGGCCUCCUCAUCUACAGGGACCGACUGAGGAUCAACCGUUUUGCCUGGCCCAAGAUCCUUAAAAUUUCCUACAAGAGGAGUAAUUUCUACAUCAAAAUCCGCCCUGGUGAGUAUGAGCAGUUCGAGAGCACCAUUGGCUUCAAGCUGCCCAACCACCGCUCUGCCAAGCGUCUCUGGAAGGUCUGCAUAGAGCAUCACACCUUCUUCAGGCUGGUAUCUCCAGAGCCGCCCCCGAAGGGCUUCUUGGUGAUGGGCUCUAAGUUCCGCUACAGCGGGCGGACACAGGCACAGACACGGCAGGCCAGCGCCCUCAUUGACCGCCCAGCCCCUUUCUUUGAGCGUUCCUCCAGCAAACGGUACACCAUGUCUCGCAGCCUUGAUGGAGAGUUCUCACGCCCAGCCUCCGUCAGUGAGAACCAUGAUGCCGGAGCAGAGGGUGAGAAACAGGAGGAGGAUGGUGAGUUUGGCAGUGGGAGACGAUCUGAGACAGAGGAUGAGGAGGUGACUACCCCGACGAAGAUCAAGGAGCUGAAGCCGGAGCACGAAACAACCCCCAGGCACAAGCAGGAGUUUUUAGACAAACCAGAAGAUGUUUUGCUAAAGCAUCAGGCCAGCAUCAAUGAGCUGAAACGGACCCUGAAGGAGCCCAACAGCAAGCUGGUUCACAGGGACCGGGACAGGAGGCUGCCUUCCUCACCAGCCUCUUCCUCACCCAAGCAUGAGGAUGAGACGCCGAAGGGAACCCCAGAAAAGGCCAGCGAGAGGAUGGAAGAAGACACCCUAGACGAUUUUGCAUCUGAGCAUGGAGCUUCCCUAAGCAUGGAGUCUUUCACGCAGAAAAGCCUUGUCUCUUCUCCUGAGGGCUCGGAGCAUUGGGUAUUUAUAGAGAGAGAAACCACUAGGCUGGAAGAGGUAGCUCUAAAGAAAGCUCUAAGAGUCAAGAAAGAAGAAGGACGUGCGGGUACUUCAGAGGUGAAAAUGAGUGUGAGCAAGUUGAAAGUGGAGAUGGCAGUAGGGAAAGCCAAGGAAGUGGCAGGCCAGGAAGAACCAGCAGAUGCACAUCUGGAUACCUGGAAGAGAGCAAAAAUGAUUGCCAGUCCUGAAGAUUUUGAGUCUGUCUGGGAGGAUGAGACCUGUGAGAAGGAAACCGGGGAGGAGCCCAGCACAGAGGCAAAGUGCUUGACAUGUGAGACAGCAGAGGAGUCCAAAGAAAGGGUUGAGGGGAUAACCAGCAGUGAAAUGAGUUUGUCCAGGCCAUAUCAGGAGCCUGAAGAGAGACAAAGGGCUGAGGCUUUGGGGCUAGGCCCUCUCCAUGGAGAAAGCAAGAUGGUCUCUGAGGAGCAUGUUUCUGCAGCCUUCAGGAAGCAGGAUGCCAGAGCACCAACUGCAAUCACAGAGGUCAUUAAAAUUAAAGUGAAGUCUGGUGAAGACAACACAGAGACUUCUGCUACACAGAGGAUCAUCUAUUUAGGAGAUCUGGAGGGAGAGGAGGACAAUAAAAUGCAUCUGCUCACAGAGGCAGGAGGACAGCUUAGUUCAGCAGUGAGGCAAGAAACCAUGGUGAAUAGGCCAGGGGAAGGACCAAGGCCCAUGCAAUGUCUGGGAGAAAGGUCCCAGUGCAAUUCCUCAGUGUAUGCACAACUGGAAGCAGUGUCAGAAAAACCUUCUGUACUGCCAGACCAGCCUGAAACAGGCUGUGAUGAGACAAGCCCUGUAAGACAGCCAAGACAGCCUUCCUCAGAGCAGGAGGAAGGUUUUUCAGUGCAACAAGAGCAAGAAUCAGUGAGUCUGACCAGCUGCAAAACACUGGAGGGAGAUGAAGCCACAUUAUGUUCCCAAGAGGUGGGGUCAGAUGAGAAAGAUCUGCAAAGGUCAGUAAGAGGAUUGAAGCCAUGCGCUCUCAAGAGAGCUGAGGACCCCAGACAAAGUCCAGGACAGAAUCCAACUGCAGGAGAGCAGUGGGGCUUGGAUGUCUCCACAGAAGAGUGGGGGCUCUCGGAAAGAAGCCUACCUGGUGGGGGGGAGGAGAAAAGCUCCACAAUGGUUCUACAGAUGGAAGAGAUAGAGACAAAAUUACCCCCAUCAGCUGUGCCUCAGCAGAACUCCCCUCGUGCCACUGUGGGGCUGGAGGAGGACGAACCCAGCAUUCCCACCCCUGGCACUCCUCCUCAGCAAAUGAGCUCUGUAGAGCCAGCCCAGGAAAUGGAACCCGAGGGCAAAGACCUGUCCCAGAGUACCAGCCUUUUAAGAGGUGUGGGCACACCUGAAGAUAUGAACCCCUCAACAGAGGUGGCAUGCAAGGAGGGAAGCCCUGCAGUAGGAAAAGAAGCACUUAAGGACAUAAGCCCUGUAACAGAGGUGGAAGUACCCAGGGAUGUGAGUCCUGAAUCUGUAGAAAAAAAACAAGAUGUGCACUUUGCUACAAGGAAAACAUACCAAGAUGCAAAUCCUAUUGCAAGAGGACCACACCAAAGCAAAGGCAGUGCAGUGGAGACAAUCCUGCUCAGAGAUCCUGCUACAGGGGAAGUGGUCCAGAAAUCAGAUCAUACUGCAGCAAAGGGAACCCUGGGAGCUACAGAAGAGGUGCUCCAGGAGGAACAGCUUGUGAUAAAAGGGCUCUCCCAGAACAUAAGGCCCACACUGGGAAAGUUGAUGGGAGGUGGAGGCAUGGAACAGCUGCCUACCAAGGCAGAAGAUCAAGAACAAAAGGCUGAGACCUUAAUAGAACACCUGCCCCAAAAGGAUCCUAAGUCUGGAGGGCUACUCCCUGCAGAUACCAACGCACAAAAGCCAGCCUGUGACGUGGAGUUUAAUGCAGGACAAGCUCUGCAAGGCGGGAGCUCUAUGGCAGGAGAAACUGCUAGAGACCUUGCUCUGGAGCAGCCACUGCAGUCUCCAGGAGAUGCUGAUGUCUUGCAUUCCCACUCCCCUAUAACAGGUUUGUGUCAAGGCAACAAGUUGUACCAGCUCUCAACCUUUAUGUAUGAAGGUGGAGAAGAGGUGCAAGUGAACAGUGGAAUACAGAAGAGAGAGUCUGGACCAUUGAUGUGUAUUGCUGCAAGCGAAGCUGUGUGCCAGGAGCACAGAGGUGUCACUGAAGCCCCACUCCUGGGUAGCUGGCAGGACAGUGAGAGCUACAAGAAAACGUCAGUGGCAUCUAAGAUUAAGAUGUUUGAGCAAAAUGAAGCUGAACAAAGGACAGCCCAGGAAGGACAAGAGCAUGCACCUGAAACUGAGACACCAGCAAAAAUAAAGGGAAAGACGAAUCUGUCACAGGACACAAUUUUGAACACAGUCCCCAUCUCACCUCCAGGGGUGGCAGGUGCUCCAGUGGGAUCUAUGUCCAGUGUGGACUCCUUUGCCUUCAAGCAAGGAGCUGAUCCAGAAGACUCCUCCCAGCUCCUGUCUUUGAAGGAAGAUGUUUCUGUUGAUCUGGAGCAUGAAGGAGAAGACAGUGCUGACCUGGCUUCCUCUGACUCCGGCUGUGAACUCACACUGGCAGAAGCCGUGAGCAAAUCUCAGGAACCAAGUGGGGAAGAAAAGGAUUUAUCUGACCUGUCAUUAAAAUCCACCCUGAAAGAAGAGAAUUUAAAGACUGCUGUUCCAGUGGUCUUAAAGAGAGCAGGCUUAAGGGAGGGCACCGAGGAGAAAGCUAAGCCGCCUCGGCACAGGGCUCCUGAGAGCGACACUGGCGAUGAGGAGCAGGACCAGGAGAAGGACUCGGUGUUUCUGAAGGACAACCACCUGGCCAUCGAGCGCAAGUGCUCCAGCAUCACAGUCAGUUCGACCUCCAGCUUGGAAGCAGAGGUGGACUUCACAGUGAUCGGUGACUUCCAUGGGACAGCCUUUGAGGACAUCUCCCGGAGUCUGCCCGAGCUAGACAAGGACAAGAGUGAGAUGGAAGAUGAAGGCCUGGUUUCCUUCCAGCAUACUGACAAAGUAGUUCCUGGAUUGGAAGAGGAUGGCAAAGCCAGGGAGAAGGUCGCCCAGCCCAGCCCAGACAUCUCCCAGCUAGAGUCACCAGCCCCAAAAACGGAUGCUUUAACAGUCAGCCUGGGGCCAGGCACAAAGAAGACCGAAGAUGCCUCUGCUGCCCACCAGAUCAGCACCCCAGAAGCAGCCCAGGUGGAAGGAGGCAUGCCUGGCAGCGGAGAUGCGUCAGCCUCUGUUCGUGCUGUCACCACAGAGACCACACCAGCAACCUCAGAUAAUGCCACCAAGCCUGGGAAAGGGGCUGGCCCUACAUCAGAGCUUUGCUCCGUGUCACCGAUCAGCAGCAGCUCUGCUGGGAAGGAAGUGCUCACCAGCAUAUUCAGUGCCACUGCAGAAACCCUCUCCACUUCUACCACUACCCAUGUUACCAAGACUGUGAAAGGAGGAUUUUCAGAGACCAGGAUAGAGAAGCGCAUAAUUAUCACGGGAGACGAAGAUGUGGACCAGGACCAGGCACUGGCUUUAGCAAUCAAAGAGGCAAAACUACAGCAUCCUGACAUGCUGGUAACCAAAGCUGUGGUAUACAGAGAAACAGAAUCUUUUCCAGAGGAAAGGGACAAGAAACCUCAGGAAUCUUGACCAACAUGUUCAUGAAGUCAGCAUCUGCAUUCAGACCUGGAGGACAGUGAAGAAGAAGCCUUCAUGCUGGAUUUGUCAGCAAAACAUAGACAUCCUGGCUGCAAUGUUCAUGGCUAGAGACAAAAAGGUUUAAAAAAAGGAAUAGCAAAUAUAUAUAUAUAUACAUACGUACACACACACACACACACACAUAUAUAUAUAUAUAUAUAUAUAUAUAUAAAACAGGAAACAAAAUGCAUCCUUGCACUGCUGCUAUAUGCUGGAAAUGAAUAGCAAGCAACACUACCAACAAAAAAAAACAACCCUCUUUGCAGAAAAAAAUUGAAGAAUUUACUGGAUUGGUGAUAAAAUAAGAUUUAAAAAUCAUAAUAAUAACAAUAAUACAAUAAGCCACCAUCUUGCAUGUUACGUUAAAGGAUACACAAUCAUGAGUUCAUUUGUUGCACAUUGAAUGAAACAAAAACUGCUUUGCAACAAAGCAAGAAAUAAGCAAACUGAAAUAAGACAAACACAAGCAGAAGCAAAACUAUUUCCCACCUCUGGAAAGAAGAGAGAAAAACAUUGAGUUUAUUACUUUAGAGUUAUUUUCCAAUUUGGAACUGUGGUUUCACCCUUCUCCUCAUUCCAUGCUGGUUCUUUUGCAUCUUUUGUUGUUCUGUUAACUCUUCCCCUUAUCUUCUUCUCUGUGCACUUGUCUAACCUCUUGUUCUCUGAAGGUAUUUAAGGAUGGAAUUCGUGUCAAACAGAACAAAUGACAUGUAUAUGGCUUUUCAUUUAUAAAAAUGCAGCCUGUAGGGGUUUCAUAUGGAUGUGCAUUUAAGUUAUGUAUAUUAUUAUAUAUAACAAGGGGGGGGGGGAGGGGAAGAAUACUGAAAUAAUCAACAGUGCUGGUAAAUAUGAUGACAUUUUUAAAUUAUUAACUAUUUGAUUGACUAUGGUUGUUGUACUUUGAGACUCUUAGAUCACAAGAGGACUCCUUGUCCUGCAAGAAGAGAACGGGGAAAGUAUCAGCCACUGCUGUUUAGAGGGAGAAAGGGAGGGGGAGAGGUGAGAGCCAUCCUGUUGAUUGAUCCACGUGGCAGCAAGAGUUCUGAGUUUGCUGUUUGGUAUGGGUUGUUUGGAAGUGGUCUGUCAGUGGUGAGUUGGAAGGGCGCAGAAAGAGGUUCAUGCUGCUCCUGCAGCCCUAGGUAGGGUCCUCUCCCUGGCCACCAACCAAAGGCAUCAGAAUCAGCUGGAAACAAGGUGACAGCUGCAGAGUUCAUUGCUCCUGUCCAGCUCACUGAGCUGUGAUGAUAGUUGGGUUGUUUUGGAUUGUUUCAGUAAUGGAGUUACUCGAGUUUCAUAGUAGGAAGGGUUGGAGGCAGAGCAGUUGUUUCUGACCCCAUUCCUGCUGCCCUGCAUGUGAUGGAAAGGCUGCCUGAGGCACAGCGGGUUGGUGGUGGUGCUGGAGGUGAUGGUAGUCCUUCCCCAGCCUUGCCUCCAGGUGCUGCCCAAAGGCAUAGAGUGAGGAGGUCACAUUGUCUCCAUCAGUGAAGAGCAUCCCAAGUGUACAAGACUGGGCGGCAGAGCCCAGACCCUCUGUGUAAGGAGGCACUUGUCUGACAGCUUGGCCGUUAGAGACAGGCCUCCUCAGUGGCUGCCUUUGGAAGGGGAUAACAAGGAUAAGCCCAGGGCCUUGCACACUGUGAACCAGGUGGUUAGGGUAGACUUGGAACCAAAACCAGAAAGGAAAGGAAAUAAACAGGUUUUCUUUUUUUUUUUUAAUUCUAUCUCCUGAAGAAACAAAAGGGGCCACAAUUCUGCACCAUUUUGCCUUUAGUCUCCCACCCUUCACACAGACUGUGCCCAGAGACAAGUAUAGUUAACAUGUCCUGCAAUGGAUUUGAGGAUGACAGUGAGAAGGAAGAGCCUGAGCCGUUAGGGUGCUGUGGGCAGACCACACUCAGGUCUUCUGUCCUGGCCUCUGGCAGCCUUGGUUUACCAGCUGCUUGCUAUGAUGUCCCCAUGAAAUCUGUUCUCCUUCAGGUUUAUCGGUUUCCCCUGCAAGCAUGGAAGACCUGAGCACAAGCUGCUUGGGCAGGGGACAGCUGCUGGCGGAUGCCAGUACUGUCACUUUCCUGAAGAGGUCGGUGGUGGUGGCUCUCCCUCAGCUUCUGUUCAAGUGUGGUCACCUGCUUGUGACCUGCUGCUUUUAGAGGUGAGACCGCAAGCAGAAAGAGUGAAGGGUGUUGCAAAGAGGCUGCUUUUCUCUUUGCUUUUUAAAUGCACUCAAGCCAGCUGUCAGUAGCAGUCGCACUUUCAGAGACACCGGGUGAUAGAGGACCUGCUCUCAGUGCCUGCACAGGGCAUCCAGCCCUUCUCGCCUAAUAGCAAUGGCCCGCACGCUGCGCUCAUUGUUCUUUGGCACACCAUGGUUCGUACUCAGAGGAGUUCACAUGGCCUUCAUACCCUUACAGCCACCCACUGCUACUCUGAAGCUAAGAUACCUGCUUUUGGCAUCACCUGCACAGUUAUCAAAAGAAAGGUUACUGCUCAAACUAGUGGCCUUAUACAGUUAGAGUUGACUUGACGUGGACUCAGACGAGUUAUGUUUGGAGUGAGUGGAUCCCAUUCUGUGGUUUCUGCAGCUUGUUUAAGAGUGACAAUGUUUAAAAACUAAAUUAGAAAAGGACAACAAACAAAUAGGGUGAAACCAAACUGCUGGGGCAGCUCAGCACCACGUUUUCUUCGAGGGGCCUUUCUGCUGAAAGCGGCAGGAGACAUGAGUGCCUGUUUUUACCUGAUCCCACAAAUUUAUUCCAAACCUGGCCUGCAAUUGCAUGAGUAAUAAUAACAGUAACGAUAACAGCAAUGUUUAUAUUUGAAAAGCACCUUACCAACCAACUGCAGUGCUCUGUUGUUCCUUCACUAACUCCCCUUUUCCCUUCUUCUUCUUCUCCCCCCCUCCAGUCAUGCUCCUUUUCAGUGCUCGGUGGUGUACGCGUGUGUGCUCACUGUUCUUGUAUUCAAUAAAAGUGAAAUAAAUGUGUUUGAAGCUAA